AACAAGGACCAACAAAGAUUCUGUAUUGAUGAACUCCUCUCAAACCAAAAGUGAAAAACCCCGCCCACUCUCCCCACCAAAACUUUCAUCUCAAAUUUACAAUUCAGCUGACGCUCCUUUUUCAAACAUUACAAAUCCGCGGCAUCUUGUUUCCGGUUUCCCCCUCUUAAAAAAUUCAUUAUUUAUAUAGUAUCAUCUUCUCAAAUCAAUCUCUCUCUCUUAAUUUCAUUGUUAUUGAGAGAGAUUAAAAUCCAUAAUGUCUAGCCAAGAAAACUGUGUACCCCUGACUCGCUCAUCUCUUAAGCGAGCUGCUCCAUCAAUGACCACACCAGAGCCAGCCUACAAGAGGAGGGUUGUGCUGGGAGAGAUUUUGAACAAUUCGAGUGCUGUUUCUGGAAAUGAGGACUUGUUGUGCAGGGAGUUUGAGGUGCCCAAGUUUGUAGCACAGAAGAAAAGGAAGAGGGGUGCGAAAGAAGAUGUGGGGGUUGAUUUUGGUGAGAAAUUUGAUGACCCACAGAUGUGUUCUGCUUAUGUUUCUGAUGUUUAUGAGUAUCUUAAGCAAAUGGAGAUGGAGACUAAAAGAAGACCAAUGAUGAAUUAUAUUGAGCAAGUCCAAAAAGAUGUGACCUCUAACAUGAGAGGAGUUUUGGUGGAUUGGUUGGUUGAGGUUUCCUUGGAGUACAAACUUCUUCCAGAAACUCUGUACUUGGCCAUUUCGUAUGUUGAUAGAUACUUAUCAGUAAAUGUUCUGAAUAGACAAAAGCUGCAACUUCUCGGUGUUUCUUCGUUUCUUAUUGCCUCAAAAUAUGAAGAAAUCAAGCCCAAGAACGUUGCAGAUUUUGUUGAUAUUACUGAUAACACGUACUCACAGCAAGAGGUAGUUAAAAUGGAAGCUGAUCUCCUCAAAACUCUCAAGUUUGAAAUGGGAAGCCCAACAGUUAAAACCUUUCUGGGAAGAUUUAUCAGAGCUGUACAAGAAAAUCCUGAUGUUCCUAAAUUGAAGUUUGAAUUCUUGGCAAAUUACCUUGCAGAACUCAGUUUGUUGGACUAUGGAUGCCUCGAGUUUGUACCUUCUUUGAUAGCUGCAUCUGUAACAUUCCUUGCACGAUUUACCAUUAGACCAAAUGUGAAUCCUUGGAGUAUAGCUUUACAAAAAUGUUCUGGAUAUAAAUCAAAGGAUUUGAAAGAAUGCGUUCUUCUCCUGCACAAUCUGCAAAUGGGAAGAAGAGGGGGUUCUCUGUCGGCUGUUAGAGACAAGUACAAGAAGCAUAAGUUCAAAUGUGUGUCAACAUUAUCUCCAGCUCCAGAGAUCCCUGACUCAAUUUUCAAUGAUGUUUAAGAAUCCAUGAUGCCAAUAUGCUUGUACAAAUCAACCGUGUGCCUGGUGCAUAAUGAUCUGAAGCAAUUUGAUGCUAAUUUCUCCAAAUUGGUCACUGUAGGGAGCUAGUUUUGUAUCUUUUAUGUUUCCUACGAACAACAUGGGAGUAAGUAUUAGAGUGACAUCCAUUAGAAGUUGGAUUUAGGAUGUAACUAGAUUUAUUUUAGUUCAGUUGAGCUACUGAAUUAUCAGGUCUUCCCAGAGUUAUUUGUAAUAUAUCCUCGCUGCGAGUAUCUUAUUGAUAUGAAAUUAAUUUUAAAUUGCU